CUUAUCAAUAGGACAAUUUGAACAUGUCUCAACCAAGAAAUGGGUCCAAUGCCUCCUCUGGAUUGGCGAAGUUUGCCUUCAACAUCUACGGGACAUUGAAUUCACAUACGAAUUCCCCACUGAAUUCGUCCCUGACUGCUUCUAAACAAACCGACGGAAGUGGUGGGUCAUUUAGGGAUAACCAGGACUUUGGUGAAAGCCCAGAGAUGUCAUCUGGAAGUACUUCUUCAGGGAAGGUCAAGUACACAUUUGACAGAGAAGUGUCAUGCUUGUCCCAAUUGCACUUCCCGGUGCAACAACAUCAACUGACAAGUGUCAAUCAUGUAGUUGUAGGUGGGAAAAACUGUUUGAGAUUGUUGUCCUUGAAUAAUGACCAAACUAGGAUAGUCAAUGAAUUAAACGUACUAGACACAGGUGGUGCUAAUGGGAUUGGUAGUAGUAGUGGUAGUGGUGGGUUUGGCUCAGGUAGUCGUCUUCUUCCUUCCUCCAAAUUGAAUAGCAUUAACACCAUCAAGACUAAACAUGAUAUGAUUGCCUGUGGACUUUCCAAUGGUGCCAUCACGUUGUAUAGAGUGCAAAACAAUGGGAAAUCAACUUUAAUGCAUCGUUUGACCAACCAUAAGCGUUGUAUCAACUCCUUAGAUUUUUUGAAUAACCAAGCUCAUGAUGACGCUACCCAGUUUAUUUCUGGCUCGCAGGACGGGACCAUAAAACUUUGGGAUUUGAGAGCUACUUCGAUAAAGCCAAUGAUGUCUGUGAGCUCAGGACUGCAUUCGGAUCCAAUCAGAUCGUGCCAACACUCUCCACAUUUAACUACAAGAAAUAAGAUUACAGUACUAUCGGUACAUGAUUCAGGGGCUUUGUAUAAACAUGAUUUGAGAAUUGGCGGAGGGGGAGGAAAUGCUAGUGUUAAUUAUGGUGGGUCAUUAGGAGGAGGGCUUCCUGAAAGGAAAUGGAACUUCCAUACUGGACCAGCACUUUCACUUCAUAUUCACCCAGAAAAAGAAUACGUUAUCACGGGAGGAAGGGAUCAAAAGCUUUGUGUAUGGAACUAUGCAGAGAAUUCUGCCCUGGUGACUCCACAGGUGAUAAUUAAUGCAUAUGGACCAGUACUGAAAGUUAGAUGGAGCCCCUAUGUGAAUGAAACGGUGGAAGAACAUGCAUUUGAAGAUGAUGAUGGAGGAAUUGGAUUCAUAUCCAACAAGAAUCCAUUAUUUAAUUAUGACUUCGCUUGCACGUAUCUUAAUGAAGAUCCAACCAUCACUGUAUACAACCUCAAGAGGAAAUACAUUCCAAAAGAAGUAAUAACUAUGGAACUGACAAAGCCUGUACAAAACUUUCUUUGGGGUAAACAUCCAAAUCAAUCAAGACAAAUUUGGACAGUGACCAAAGCAAAUCAAUUCGCAAGUUAUUCAUUGGAUAAAACUACUGUACCGGAUGUAGUAAGACCAUUGGAUAAUCUUCUGAACAUUGGAGGAACAUGGAAUCAUAAUAUGGGAGAUUUUUGCUUUGUUAGUCAAGAGAAGGACGAGUUUGAGUUGGAAGUUGAAGAGGAUAUCGAGGAAGGUGAACAAGAAAGAGAAAGAGAACGUGAAAGAGAACGUGAAAGAGAAAGAGAAAUAAAUGAUAUUGGCGAUGAUGCUACUGUUACGGGUAUGAAUUCGACUCCUGGUAAUUAUACUGCAAGUGGAACCACCCUCUCACCUGAGUAUGACGAAUUGGACUCUCCUGGAAUUCCGGUAGCCACAAAUUCUCCACAUUAUGGAUCUAUCAUGUCUGCAUAUGGAGAAAAACCUCCAUUACAGCGAGCUUCCACAUUUACAGCAUCUAAGCCAAUUACAGCACCAAUUCCAUACAACAGAUCAACCGUGGGAUUAAAUGAUAACUCACUGUCUGUACCAAAUAAUCUCGGAGGGGUACUUCGACCCACAUUAUAUAGAAACCCGUCUCAAUCCACCCAGGACUCGCUAUCUUCAGCCCCGUCUCCAGUACAAUCGACCCAACAACAAUACUCCCAAUCAUUUGGACAAGUUCCACAAACUGGACACUUGGCAACCCUUGGAUCACUGUCAUUUUCUGGAACUCAAAACUUUUCCCACGGUGGAACUAGGAAAACAUUACUGGUCACUUACCCAUCUCCUUACCUUGUACCCAUAUCAGUCCCCAUUCAUCUUAACGACGAAACCAUUUUUGAUACUUUAGCCAAUAAUUAUCUUAUUGCAAUCCCUGAUGGGUUUAACUUGAUUGACGUUUGUUUACUCAAUGCUAGUUUUGCCGGUAGCCUUAACCGGUUCCGUGAAUGUCAAGUAUGGCGAGUCUUGGCGGUAAGUCUCGAGGAAGAUAAUCAAGGAACUUAUACAUAUGGAGAAAUCAACGGGGAUAACAACAAUGGUUUGUCGGGAGGCAUAAACGAGUCUAUCUCGACAUAUCCUUACCCAGAACCUCAGAACAAUGACGAUGCCAAGUCGAUACUGUCCGAAUUAGACAACUUUGUUGGAUCCUUUAAUUCGAACUCAACAACAAAUUAUGGAACCCAAAGUCAAACUCAAGGUCAAGGUCAAAGUCAAGGUGAAAGUCAAAGUCAAAGUCAAGCACAAUCAUCACUUUCUGGAUCUCCAGAAGAUAAACAUAUAUCGGGGGAGGAAAGACCAGGGUCAGAGGAAAAAGAAAUUAGAGUUUCAGGAACAUUGGGUAAUCCAAGCCGUAGAAGAUCGUCAGGACCAGCUAGUACCGACCGAGAGUCAAUUAUAACUGAUCUUCGUUCAUUCACAGAACAUCGUAACUCUUCGGGGAAUCUUGUUGAUAUUCUUAAUUCAAGUAGGGGAUCUUUUAUUAGCCCUUCGGCUACAAGAUCUAACUCAAUGUUGAAUAAAAAUCAUCAAUACCUCCGGAAAGAUACCAAUGUUGAUACUGAUGGUGAUGAUAAUGAUAGUGCAAUAAUCGAUGAUGAAGAUGAUCAAGGCAUCUUGAGAAAGCAUUCAUCAAUGCCCACAUUCACAGGACUGAGCCCAACCAAAUCAAGAUCCAGUAUCGAUAGCUCUCCUACUAAGGGCCCUGGUCACCGUCCUUCCUUCCCUAGACCAUCAUUUGGCUCUUCAAGGUACCGAUCAGAAGAUUUAGAUGACGAGAACGCCAACAUCUUAGCAGCCGCUGGAUAUGGAACGUCGGUUUCGUCAGGAAAAUCUCACAGUGGAUCUCCAACACAAUUUGGCCUUCCUUCAAGACGUAACUCGCGUAGGCUUUCAAUUGCAACAAGGUCGAAUCCAUCCUUAUCGUUCCCUCCAAAGGAAGAGCCACUCAAUAAGGUCAUCGAGGAGAAAGAAAGCCCUGGGCAAUCACAUCGUGACAGGUACGCCCCCACCUCGGAGCUAACUCGUGCAAUCCACGACAGGGAUGCUCAAGAUAAAGAAGAGGAGUCUAACAAUGGAUCUAAAGGGUCUACUCUGAGACCAUGGAAAACGAAAAAUCUUUUAGAACAAGCGCUUGAAUAUUCUGCUUUACAAGGGGAUAUCGUUAUGUGUGCUACGUUAGUGUUAUUAUUCUAUAAACUGGUUUUAUCUCAACGAGGGAGUAAUAUCAGCCGACAAAGUUGUUUGGAUUGGUUAGCCCUCUAUGUGGAUAUUCUCCGGAGGAAGCAAUUAUUUGUCACUGCCAUGAAUGUGAUAAAUGAAGCACCCACACAACUUGCGCAGGAACUUGCACAAUUAUGUAGCAGUGAAGUUGCGUUACGAUUCUAUUGUUCAUGGUGUCGUAAGCUUCUUGUUAACGAGGAGACUAAAGCGCGUGUUUCUAUGGAUGAGGACAGUCGAAGCGAGUUUGGGUACUGGUACUGUGAAGAGUGUGCGCGUCGACAACUGGGAUGUGUGUACUGUAAUGAACCGUGUAAGGGUUUGAAUGUGGUAGUCAGUCUCAAAUGUGGCCAUCGUGGGCAUUUUGGUUGUUUGAGAGAAUGGUUUGUUGAUGAUCUCAACGUUGAAUGCCCUGGUGGAUGCGAUAUAGUGGUCAUAUAGAAUAAAAUACCCCAUAUAGGCCAAGUUAAAACAAUUAAGAGUAGGGAGUUAGCUAGACAUGAUACCAUGGGAUAUUUGAUAGAACACAGAGUAUUAUACGAAGGUCCCACUAUACAGACCUCACUUUUCCCCAAGAUCAAUACUCU